AUGGGUCAUUACGCAGCAGCAGUGUGGGAUCAUAAAGCAGGUAUUGAGAUAACUAAAGACUGGAAUGGCAUUGACCAAGUCCUUCUCAGAAACCCUCGUGGCGCUUCUGCAAAGGUUAGUUUACAUGGAGGACAAGUGGUUUCGUGGAGGAAUGACAAAGGCGAAGAGCUUCUUUUCACUAGCAACAAGGCUACAUUCAAACACCCAAAAUCAAUGCGUGGAGGGAUUCAGAUUUGCUAUCCUCAGUUUGGAGAUUGUGGAAUAUUGGAUCAACAUGGGUUUGCAAGGAACAAAAUAUGGGUGAUGGAUGAGAACCCACCUCCUCUUAACUCAAAGGAAUCCUUAGAAAAAUCAUUUGUUGAUCUUCUUCUGAAGCCAUCUGAAGAGGAAUUAAAGCAUUGGCCUCACAGUUAUGAGCUCCGUCUUCGAGUUUCACUUACCAUAGAUGGAGAAUUAACAUUGACUUCUCGCGUUAGAAACAUCAAUGGCAAGCCAUUUUGCUUCUUAUUCGCUUAUCAUACUUACCUCUCUGUCUCAGAUAUAAGUGAAGUAAGGGUUGAAGGGUUAGAGACAUUGGACUACUUGGACAACCUCAGCAAAAGAGAGCUUUUGACUGAACAAUGCGACGCAUUAACCUUUGAAUCUGAGAUGGACAGGACUUACCUUGGGUCACCCAAAGUGGUAGCAGUUCUUGACCAUGAACGGAAAAGAACAUAUGUUAUUGAAAAGGAUGGACUUCCAGAUACUGUGGUGUGGAAUCCAUGGGAGAAGAAAGCUAAAAGCAUGGUGGAUUUUGGGGACGAGGAGUACAGAAGCAUGCUUUGUGUGGAUGGGGCAGCAAUUGAGAGACCAAUCACUUUGAAGCCAGGAGAAGAAUGGACUGGGAGGCUUAUGUUAACUGCUGUUAGGUCCAGUUUCUGCUUUGAUCAGCUUGAACUACAAAGCAAAGGAUUCUUCUGA